AUGUAUGAGCGGACCACUCUUGCAUCAUUUCCCCACUCCGAAGUUACCAGCCGUUGUGCGGCCGAGCCAGAUUCUGCACCAGACACAGAUCACAGUUUCAACUCUUCAACAUUCACAACCAUGCAAGUCACCGCAAUCACCCUCGCCGCUUUCGCGGCCAUGGUCUCAGCCGCUCCCCAACUGAUUACCGGUACCACCGUGAUCACCCAGACCACGACUUAUUUCCACACCGUCACUGCAUAUCAGGGUGCCAAUGGUCCAGUCGUCACUAGCACCCAGACUCCAACCACAGAUGACUACCACAAGCUCUACUUUCCUGAUAUCAGCACGCCGACUCCGCUGCCGAGCAACUGGCCCAAGACUCGCUGGAUUUGGUAA